UCCUUGGCCUCGCAUUUUCCUUCACACACAUCCUAUCACAACCUCAUCGUAUCAUAGCUUCCUCUGAUAUUUUUCUUUGAUCUUUUCUGUUUUGCCAGAGUUCUAUCCCUUCUUCCAUUAUUGUUCAAACAUGGCUGCUGCUGCUGCUGCUAUAGGUGCUGCAGUCUCAUUUCCAUCAUCAAAGUCGUCGUGGUCUCUCCCCACAAAAACAUCCUUUGUUUCCCCUCAAAGGAUUUUCCUCAACAACAAGAGCACACGAGAGGCGUGUAGUUAUGGGGGAAUAGUGAAGGCUCAGGUGACAACAGAAGUGCCAGUGAAAGUAGUCAAGGAGUCAAAGAAACAGGAAGAAGGAAUAGUUGUCAACAAAUUCAAACCAAAGGACCCUUACACUGGUCGAUGCCUCUUGAACACCAGGAUCACUGGCGAUGAUGCUCCCGGUGAAACCUGGCACAUCGUCUUCACCACCCAAGGUGAGGUUCCAUACAGAGAAGGGCAAUCGAUAGGAGUGAUUCCAGAAGGAAUUGACAAGAACGGGAAGCCCCACAAGCUGAGGUUAUACUCUAUAGCCAGCAGUGCCAUUGGUGACUUUGGAGACUCCAAAACCGUUUCUCUCUGUGUCAAGAGAUUGGUUUACACAAACGAAAGCGGGGAGCUUGUUAAGGGAGUCUGCUCCAACUUCUUGUGCGACUUGAAGCCGGGUGAUGAGGCAAAGAUCACUGGACCAGUUGGAAAGGAAAUGCUUAUGCCUAAAGACCCAAAUGCCACCAUCAUCAUGCUUGGAACAGGAACUGGAAUAGCUCCAUUUAGAUCAUUUUUGUGGAAAAUGUUCUUUGAGGAGCACGAGGACUACAAGUUCAAUGGUUUGGCGUGGCUCUUCUUGGGUGUACCCACAAGCAGCUCACUGCUCUACAAGGAGGAGUUUGAGAAGAUGAAGGAGAAGAAUCCGGAAAACUUCAGGCUGGACUUUGCGGUGAGCAGGGAGCAGACAAACGACAAGGGAGAGAAGAUGUACAUACAGACAAGAAUGGCAGAGUAUGCACAAGAGCUGUGGGAGUUGCUGAAGAAAGACAACACAUUUGUUUACAUGUGUGGUCUCAAGGGUAUGGAGAAGGGUAUCGAUGAGAUCAUGGUCUCACUUGCUGCUAAAGAUGGGAUCGAUUGGCUAGAGUACAAGAAGCAAUUGAAGAGGAGUGAGCAGUGGAAUGUGGAAGUUUACUAAGCAAGCUUGUGAAGGGGGGUUAUUAUUAUGCAGAUAAAGGAGGCUGAUGCCAUCGGUCAAUUCUUCGUUUCCGCAUCUUUAUCCUUCCUGGCGAGAAUAUUAUAGUGGAAUACAAUCAUGUUCAGUAUCACGCUACAACCAACAAAUAUUAUCAACCUCUCUAGUUGAAAAGAGGCGGGACUGGCAAGUUCUACAGGACAUAAAUCAGCUGCAGUUCAUGAAUUAGGAUUUGGCAAAUUAAUAAAACUUAAUAAGCAAAUCCACUUUCUAUUCCUCA